UGGAGGGGGCAACAAAACUGUUACCUAGGCAACAGAGAGACGCAGAGCUCUCAGCUGUCUAUUUUCGGAGCCCAGCCAGCGACCCGAAAACUGACCCAGGGGUAUAACGUUGUUCAAACUGAAAAAAAAAUGGCCGGUGCCACUUUCUGCGUGGACAAUAUCCUGUGUGCGAGAAUGUGAACACUGUGGCCUGAGGGUUCCAACGGCCGUUGGUCAGAUCCGUUGAGGAUGGAGAAGCAGUUAGACUAUGCUUGAGUGGGCUAAAGCGUCGUGUGCAAAGACUACUUGUACUUAACCUCAGCGAGGCUGCUACUCACCAACAGUUGAUCAGAGAUUGAGUAUUCUAUGUCGUGGGACUAUACUUGUUAAAAGAACAUGGAUUCUGAAAAUAUGGAAUCUGAAAAUGUGGAAACCGAAAAUAUGGAAACUGAAAAUCUAGAAUAUGAAAAUAUGGAAAUUGAAACAAUUUCUUCAGUUUCAGCUCUGCAAGCCCUCUCUAAGCUACUUUAUCCCGAAGAAGAGGAUGAUUUUGAGCCUGGACAGGUGCCAAACUGUUCAUCUGUCCUUGGAGCCAUGGGUCCUGGGAAUAUUGGACCACCAACAACAGAAGAGCUCCAAGUCAUCCCUCAAAGCAGUGAUGAAAACGGCGAGGAUAUCUGGAAUCCAGAAGAGGUUCCAGAGGGAGCAGAGCAUGAGGACAUGUGGGAUGUUAGAGAAAUACCAGAGUAUGAGAUAAUAUUCAAACAGCAAGUGGGAACUGAGGACAUUUUUCUAGGAUUUUCAAGAAAAGACUCUUCAACCGCAUGUUGUGAAGAUCUAGUGGUUAAAAUUAAACUGCCAAAUACAAACCCUUCUGAAAUUAAAAUUGACAUCCAAGAAAUGGUUCUUGACCUCCGUACUCCUGAUAAGAAGCUGUUGAUAACCCUUCCCCAUCCUGUGGAAUGCAACAGUGCCAAAGCUUUCUAUAUUCUGGAGACUGAGACUCUUGAAGUCACCACAACUUUGAAAAGGGAGUUGGAUUUCAUUAAUUUCUUCUAAAACUUCAUGAGUAAGGAGGAAAAGGGGUACAUUGGAGUGAUAAAAAAAAUAAAAUAAAACUUUGGAAAACAUUAGUUAAUGUUUUCUAUCUUCUUUAUUACUCUGACAUAUUUCAGAAAGGGACUCAAUUCAAUUCAAGUGAGAUCCUGAUCUUUUGACAGUCAUUUCUAUUACUCUGAUGGAAAAUAUUGUUUUCUCAUAUUCAUAAGCUAUUCCAUUUUUAUAGCAAUAGCUGGAUAUAGCUGACAGGUUAUCCAGUUAGAUUACUGCAUGGUCAAUUAAAACUGAAAUAUGACCAUGAAAUGGUUGGUCCACUUAUUUCAGGAGUCUGAAGAACUUAAGCCAAUUAAGUAUACUAUGAUACAAUCAGUUGCAUUGCAGUUGGUCGUUAUUAUUACCACAAAAGUUUAUUUGGUUGCCUUUUCAUUGAUUUUAUCAAAUGAUUUACAGUGUUCUCUGGUUAGGCUUUCACAAUUCUGGAAGGUACAAAUAACAAAAGAUAUAAAUAGUUUGGUGUACCAUACUAACAUGUUUUACUUGAAUAAGAAAUACUCCAGAGCACACAGCAUUAUUUUGCUUCCUCAGUCUUGCUCUCCAUGUUUGGAUCUAGUUGGGUUAAAAAUAGUCUUCUUUUGUGCACUAAUAAUUACUAGCAAUGCCUUUUGGGGUACUGUGUGUAUAUUUAGUAUCAAAAUCCUUGACAUUUAAAAGGAAUAUAAAGGAAAGCAUAGUGCAUUUACAAAACCUGUUCUUUCUCAUAUCCUAUCUUUAUUUGUAAUUGGCCAUACCUAUUUUUAUGAAUUAUGUCAAUGUCAUCUGCCUCUUCUGGACUGUAUUGCCUGUUUAUUUCAGAAUUAUUCAUGAAUAAAUCACAUUUUAAAGCUCAUGUAACUAGGUCUCACACCUCACUGUAGAACUGUGAAGGUAAUUGGGAGUGAAAUUUUGAGAAGAGAUGAAAAAUUGAAAGAUAUUUAUUACUUCUAUAUGAACCAGUAGGGGACUAAAUACUCAAGCAGAUGUUUUCUAGACUUACUUUCAUAGGUGACUACCAAGCGUCUAAUUUGUGACUAGAUCUAAUAAAAGGAAAAGACCGAGACUUGGGCCAAACUAGUUGUGUGAAUGUCUUGAACUCUUG